UGUCGAAGAACCUCCCUGUGAUGGUGUACCUGUUCGGGGGGGCCUUCCUGUUGGGGGCGUCCAACGAUGUUUCGUUCCUCGGGGAGUCGCUGUACGACGGGAAGGAGAUGGCCGACCGCGGAGACGUCAUUGUGGUGACGGUGAAUUACAGGGUCGGACCGCUCGGGUUCCUCAGCUCCGGAGACGCCCGGCUGCCAGGAAACUACGCUCUGUGGGAUCAGCACGCUGCCAUCUCCUGGGUCAGCAGGAACAUCGCAGCGUUCGGAGGAAACCCCGACAACAUCACCCUGUUCGGACAGUCAGCCGGAGCCGCCAGCGUCAGCUUCCAGAUGCUGUCCCCUCACAGUAAAGGGUUGUUCCGCAGGGCCAUCUCUCAGGGUGGCGUGGCCCUCAGCCCCUGGGCUCUGCAGAAGAACCCCAUGGCUCUCACCAAGAAGAUUGCUCGUAAGGUGGGCUGCUGGAAGAUGGAUGUAGACGUGAUGAUCGAAUGUCUGAAGAAGAGCGACCCUGUCAAACUCACCAUGGCGGGGAAAAUCGACGUGUUUCUGAUUCUGGGAAAAGGUACGGUUAUGGAUCUCAUUGAGUUCUCUCCGGUGAUCGACGGGGACUUUAUCCCAGAUGAGCCCAGUAAACUGUUUCAUAACGCCGCUAAAUUCGACUUCCUGGCCGGGGUCAACAGCAUGGACGGACACAUGUUUGCUGGGGUCGACGUUCCUUCCAUCAACAAGAAAACUGCCAACACCACUGUUAAGAGUGUGCGGGGUCUUCUGGCUGGUCUCACUAAAGAGAAGGGGGGCGCUGCCGUGGACUCGGCCUUCAGCGUUUACUCGUCUAACUGGGGGUCCCAUCCGGACCCGGCGGUGGUUAAGAAGACUGUCGCCGACAUCGAGACAGACUUCCUGUUCCUGGUUCCCACUCAGACCGCCCUCCAGCUCCACGCCAACAACGCCAGUGGCGCCCGGACCUUCUCCUACCUGUUCUCCAUGAAGACUCGCAUCCCGGGGUUCCCCAGCUGGGUGCAGGCGGAGCACGCCGAGGAUCUGCAGUACCUGUUCGGGAAACCCUUCUCCAUGCCGCUGAUCUACUUCCCCCGGCACCGCGACCUGUCCAAGUACAUGAUCGCCUACUGGACCAACUUUGCCAGGACCGGGGAUCCCAGCACAGGGGAGAGCAGAGUCCCGACUGUCUGGCCCGCCUUCACCAAGAACCACCAAGUCUACCUGGACAUCAACCACAGGAUCAACAAGUUCUCCGUCAGCUCCGACCUGAGAUCCUACUACGUGUCCUACUGGACUCAGACCUACAGCCUCCUGCCCUCAGUGCGGGAGAUCUGAGAGUUACCAGCUCUUCCUCUGUGGUCAUCUUCAAUAGUAACUCACUGAAUAAAGUCUCUGUGUGAUGAUGACACGUAACUCUGA